AUGACAGCAUGUAUGGAUGCCUUAUCUUCGAAAUUUGAUCGAGUGACGGAAAUGCACUCGAGAGGUUCUUCGAGUGGGGGAGCAUAUCAGGUAGGUGAUUUUCCGACGGGAGAGAUGUCACACGAGCAUGUUGAUUUCAUGGGAAACCAAUACCAUCCUCAAAACAAUCCCUACAGCAAUACUUAUAAUCCGGGGUGGAAGAAUCAUCCAAACUUUAGUUGGAAGCCCGAUGCUUCUAACCAGCAUCCGCCCGGAUUUGCUCCACGCCCCACAGCUCCAUCUCAUGGAGCAUAUGGUCCACCUCGACCUCAGCAGGCACCUUCCUCUAGCGAUCCUAGUGUGCAUGAUAUGCUUAGUCAAAUCUUAGCUGGUCAAAACACUCAAAUGGCGGAGAAUGAGAAGCGCUUUAGGGAGUAUGACGGCCGCUUCAUGAGGCACGAGAAUGAGUUGAGAAGCCAAAAAGCUUCCAUGCAGACCAUUGAGAACCAAGUUGGCCAGAUUGCCAAGAUGUUGUCUGAGAGACAACAGGGGGGCCUUUCGAGCAACACAGAGCCUAAUCCAAAUGCUACUGCAAAGGCCAUCACGUUGAGAAGCGGCAAGACCGCUCAAGCCAUCCCUCUGGCUGUUCCAGAAAAGCCAGUCGAUGAUGAGGAGGUUGAUGAGGAGAUUGAGGCUGAGUCUCCGGGUGAGGUGCAACAGAGGCGAGUCCCAGCAAGUACCGCACGACCCAAGGAGCCAGUGAGAGAGUAUGUCCUUCCCAUUCCAUAUCCGGGGAGGUUGAAGAAGCAGAAAAUGGAAGAAUACUAUGGUAAAUUCCUCGAGCUUUUUAAGCAACUUCAUAUAAAUUUACCAUUUGUCGAGGCACUUGCUCAAAUGCGUAAGUAUGCCAAGUUUCUGAAGGAUAUCCUAUCCAACAAAAAGAAACUUGAGGAGAUUUCGCAAGUGACCUUGAAUGAGGAGUGUUCAGCGGUUCUUCAGAACAAGCUACAGAAGAAGAUGAAUGAUCCUGGGAGUUUCACUAUCCCGUGUUUGAUUGGUAGUUUGUCGGUGAGCAAUGCUUUAGCUGAUCUUGGAGCUAGCAUAAACCUCAUGCCAUAUGCGGUUUUUGCUAAGCUAGACUUGGGAGAGCCCAAGCCGACUCGUAUGAGCAUUCAGCUAGCUGACCGUUCAGGAAGUAUCCUCGAGGCAUAG